AUGUCUGCAAACGCGACAUCAACCACGACAUCAUCAGAAACGUCGACGGCAUCAACUUCAGCAUCACCACGGCCUUCUCACAGAGGCAAAUUGAGAAAUCUAGGUCUGAUCUUCAUCGUCGCAUAUGGUUUAUACGUCGUCUAUGACUUUGAUGAGGCCACGUUGUUACCUGCUGCUGUAUUUCGUUUCAGUACAUCAAUGGUUGGAGGAGGGCUGAUUGCUCUUGACUACAAGAUCCUCCAUUGGAGAUUCAGGAACAAAGGAUACGAGUCCGCUGAAUACAAAACUGAACGUGAAAUCGUACACAGACGAGCUGCAAAGGCCUUACUGUGGAUCGCUUCGUUCCAAGGUGGUAUCUACGUCAAAGCAGCUCAGCAUUUGGCAUCAUUACGAUACAUCAUACCCGACGUGUUUGUCGAUACGCUACAACAGUUACAAGAUCGGGCUCCGUCCAAGGAGUAUAAAGUAGUUCGUAAAAUCAUAAAACAGGAAUUUGGCAAGGACCCACAUGAUCUCUUUGCUGAAUUUGACGAGACGCCGUUCGCCGCUGCAAGUAUAGCACAAGUGCAUAAAGCUACGACACGAGAUGGUGAAGCUGUGGUUGUGAAGGUCCAGUACCCUGACGUGUCUCGCCUCUUCAAUGUGGAUAUAGCAACUAUGAAGAUUAUAUCGACUCUUAUUACCGUCUUCUUUGAUGAGUUUCGACUAGACUGGGUCGUAGAGGAAUUCAAGCAGAAUCUAAUCCAGGAAUUCAACUUUGUAGCAGAAGGUCGAAAUUGUGAGCUCACUGACGCACGAUUUGCCCACAGAGCUGCUGAGAUAAGAUGCCCGCGAAUAAGAUGGGACCUUACAACAAAGAAAGUACUCGUAAUGGAGUACGUCAAUGGAGCAAAAGUCAAUGAUAUACCUGCAAUUAAGGCUCUGGGUCUUGAACCUGCUGUUUUAGGUCGUUUGAUAUCAGAGUGCUUUGCGGAGAUGGUAUUUUGUCAUGGAAUUGUGCAUUGUGACCCACAUGCUGGAAAUAUGUUGGUUGUACCGAGUCCGCUGGAUAAGACCAGGCCACAGCUUAUUAUUUUGGAUCAUGGACUGUACAAGGUGUUGGAUGAGAGUUUUAGGAGGUCGUUUUGUUUGCUAUGGAAGGCUAUGGUCACGAAUGAUGUCAAGUUGUUGAGGCUGGCUGCUGUGCAACUAGGUGUUACUGAGUAUGCCGAGCACUUUCCACUGAUAUUUAUCGGAAGGCCCAUCGAUGGCCAGAACAAGCUUGGAUCUGGAAUGUCAUCGGAAGAGAGGAAAAGAGUGCGAGAGGGCUUUAAAAAGCUAAAGAUGGGCGACGUCUUUCAAUUCUUGGAAGAUCUGCCUCGAGACAUGCUCUUUUCAAUCCGUGUGCUGAAUCUAGUACGAAGUCUACAUCGUGACCUCGUAGGUGAAACAUCUCCAAGAGACCGCUUUGCAAUAUUCGCUCGUUAUGCCGUAAAAGGGGCUUAUGUAACGAGUUUCAAUGAGAGAGAAGCUGAAGCAAAACGAAUGCUGGAUGAGAGGCAUAAAGGUGGUCGUGUUGAAGUGGCGUUAUAUGGUGGUCUGUCUUUUAGGAGGCCGAGAACGCUGGUCGAGACUACCCCUGAUUCGAUUGUGACGAGGAUUGCAUUUAUUCGAGACUUCGCAUAUUUGCAAUUGAAUUUGUGGUUGCUAGAAAAUAUCGGAUGGGCGGUUAGAUGGUGGAGGUAUGCAUGGAGUUUUGUGGGAGUAUAA